CUUUCCCCCUGCAGGUGGGGACCGGGGACUCGAACCUGUAUUGUAACAUGUGCGCUCAACCAAGUACACCACCACUCAGCCCCUCUCUCCUUCUUUCUUUCUAUCUCCCCUCUUGAUUUCUCUCUCUAGUCAAAAUAAAUAAAUAAAUAAAAAAAUAUAUAAAAGAAAAGUGAAACAAAACUCAGAUUGAGGUCACACACACAGAGGGAAGAGGCUUGUCCAGCAAGUGGCAGGUUGUUCCACCUGGUGACAGGUGAUCUUUUUCUUCUCCUCACGCCAGAGGGCACAGGGUGCCUGUGGAUGGUAGGUGAGGGGGAGGCCAUGGAAACGAGCAACGACAGCACCGGCAGAGGUGACUUCAUCCUGGUGGGCUUCUCCCAGUGGCCUGAGCUGGAGCUACUACUCUCCCUCUUCGUCCUGGUCUUCUAUGCCAUUACCCUGCUGGGCAACGUGACCAUCCUCCUCCUCUCCAUCCUGGAUGCCCGGCUGCACACGCCUAUGUACUUCUUUCUCCGUAACCUGUCUGCGCUGGACCUCUGCUUCACCACCAGCAUCGUGCCCCAGAUGCUGGUGAACAUGUGGGGCCGAAGCCCCCGCAUCAGCAUCGUGGGCUGCCUUGUCCAGUGCUGGGUGGCCUUGGCCCUGGGCUCCACCGAGUGCGUGCUCCUGGCCGUGAUGGCGGUCGAUCGCUACGUGGCCGUGUGCUGGCCGCUGCGCUACACCUCCAUCAUGCACCCCAGACUGUGCCACCUGCUGGCCGCCGCCUCCUGGUCCUUGGGCUUUGCCAACUCUGCCCUGCAGUCGUCCAUGGCCAUGAUGCUGCCUCGCUGCGGGAACCGGCGGCUGGACCACUUCUUCUGCGAGCUGCUCAUCGUCGUCAAGCUCUCCUGUGUGGACACCAGGCCCACCGAGUCCAGGAUGUUCAUAGCUCGCCUCAUCAUCCUGGCUAUCCCGGUCACCAUCAUCCUCACCUCCUACGCGUGCAUCGCCCGGGCGGUAGUGAACAUGCGCUCGGCGGAGGGGAGGAAGAAAGCCUUUGGGACCUGCGCCUCCCACCUCAUGGUGGUCUCCCUUUUCUAUGGCACCAUAAUGUUUCUGUACCUGCAGCCCAAAGAUAAUUAUUCCCAGGAGCAGAGCAAAGCGCUGGCCGUGCUCUACAUGAUCCUGGCGCCCACCCUCAACCCCCUCAUCUACACGCUGAGAAACAAGGACGUGAAGAAAGCUGCCAGGAGGGUCCUGGGGAAGGAGCAGGAGUAG